GUAGGUUCUCUCCGUAUGAAGAACCAGCCCAAGCACUCUUUCGACAACCGCCAACCGCCACCCGCCACCCGCCAACCGACAACCUCGAUCGCUCUUUCGACAACCUUCGUCCCCUUCUAAGCGUGACUGGACAAGAUGAAGAUCACCAGUUUCUGCUUGCUGCUUCCAUGUACCGCCCUCAUUGUUAUCUUGAACGCACCUGAGUCUUAUGCCAAGAGCCUCAUGCCAGCCGAGCAGUCAAGGAGACAGCACCUUGUUAUGCUCACAAAGAUCAAGAAAGAUGAAAGAGAUGCUGCCUUCCUUGGCCGGCGCCAGGGUGCGCUUCUAGUGGGCGGAAACACCCUUCAGGAGGAGCAGGACGAAGUGUUCGAAGGAUCAGCACAUUCACUCAGUCUCGGUAAAGAUGAAGGAAGCAGCAGUCAGCACCACCAGCCUGGAUCCUUAGCAUCACCCGCGGCCGCCCUAGCCACCGCCAUAUCACAGAGCACGAUUUCUUCCUUUUCUUCUUCUUCAGCAGUAGUAACGACUGAGUCAGUGGACUCGAUGACGCCGCCUCCUUCUUACACACCAAUCUCGACGAGCGUGGACGUCAAGAGCGGCGUGCCGCUCUACAUCCCCGUCGUCGACCCGAGCGCUCAGUCGGGAAGCGUCGAAGUUGCCUACCUCGGUCCGGGUAAUGCCGGCGCAACGCUCUAUGAAGUCAUUAGCAAAGCUUCCGAUCGCACCAUCACGGCCACUUUACGACAGGACGCUACAGACGCAAAGCUUCUCGGCGGUGUCAGGACGGCUACUGUGAACGGCAUCGCAACCCAGGUCUGGGCUGCCGCCUCAUGUGGUUUCAAAGACGGCCUCGACAAGGGCACAAACGCCGCCGCAGGCUACUGUGUCUAUUUCGAGGUCGUCAAUGGCGUCAGCACAACAUUUUCGACCGUAGUCACUCAAAUUACCGCCAUGACCACCAUCUAUCCCACGCCCAGCGCCGUGCAAAAGUCCAUCGCCCACACGGCAUCUGGUGUCGCCGAAAAGGACAUGAACGCCAUCCCUAGCGCGGCAGCACCCGUAUCGUCACCCGUGCUCGUUUGGACGAUGCUCGUCGCCGUCUCGGCCGCCCUCUUUGGAUCCGUUCUCGUCUUGAUCGCCUGAGCGACAGCAAAAAGGCAACUUAUUCUCCGCACAUAAGCUGGACCUUUUCACGCAUCCUUUCUUCCAUAUAGCAUCCAGCCAGCGUCGACCCCUCAAUCGCUUCUGUAGUCCCUCGUAAAGUGUAGAAAAGUGACACUCUCAAGACCAUACCG